ACUGGGCGCGCGUCGUGCGUGCGCGGUGUGUGAAUUGGGAUGCUGGUUUUGUGGAUAUUUAUCAAAGGUUUUCACCGCCUCUUCUGCCAAGUGCCAACUGUCGGACUCUGUUCUCUGCAGCCUGCACUCCGAUCAGCAGCAUGCCGCCGGCUCUGUCGGUCCGCCUGUGGUGGCCGGGGACGACCGGAUUCCUGCCCAGCCGCGCCCGGCUGUCCGUCUCAGCAGCGGCGGCGGUGCGCACCGCCCGCCAGUCCUGGGAGCCGCGCGCGCCGCGUCGCCGCGUGCCCGUCACCGAAGAUGAGGCUGCCGCGCUCCGGAGGCGACCGCCGGGCCGGCCCGAGGCGCGCUGCCUCUCAGUGGCAGUCCUGGGUAUACCAAACAGCGGCAAGAGUACGGUCAUCAACCGGCUUCUCAGCUGGCCCGUGUGCUCCGUCUCGAGCAAGGUACACACGACGCAGACGAACUCUCGCGCGGCACUGACGAUCGGCGAUACUCAGCUGGUGCUCGAGGACACUCCCGGGCUGGUGACGGAUGCCGAGCGGCGCCGACACAGACUGGAUCCAGCCACCACCACCGAGCCGCUGUCGGCGCUGCGACGAGCCGAUCUAGUGUGCGUGCUUCAUGACGUGUCGGACCCGCGCUGCCGCGCCGGACUCAGCCCCAAAGUACAGCGACUGCUGUUUGCCGAGCCGAGCCGCCCGGCUGUGCUGGUUCUUACCAAGGUGGAUAUGCUGGCGAGGAAGCGACGUCUUCUGGAGCUCACCCGACAGCUGACCGACGGACUGGUGGACGGUGUGCCGAUUCUGGCAGAGGAGAAGAAACCGCGUCCUCGCCGACUGGACGCGGACCGUCUGCUGCGUGAUACCGCUAUCUCGAACAGUGAUAGCAGUGACGGGGAGUCUCGACAGCCGCCCGACGCGGCGCUGGACCGCGAGGAGCAGCUGCGGGCAGCCGGCGUGGAGCUGGCCGAGGGGUACGUGGACCGGGGUGGACCGCUGCCCCCGCUGAACCCUGAGCACCGCCGUCUGGUGCUGGCCGGACAGGCGGACCAGCUCUCCGAGGCCGACCUUGACGCGCUGAGCCGCCGCUGGCGCGCAUGGCCGCUAUUCCGGCGUGUGUUCAUGACGGCUGCGCUGGAGGGCGCCGGUGUCAGCGCGCUCACAGAUUAUCUCCUGUCUGCGGCCCGGCCGGCCGGGUGGCGAGUCAGCGGCGAGCUGGUGACUGACCGCCGGCCUCGCCAGCUGGCCGAGGACGCGGUGCGCGCCGCGCUGCUGGAGCACCUGCCGGCGGAGGUGCCGUACUGCAUCACCUGUCAGGUGACGCAGUGGGAUCAGGGCGCCGCCGACGUACUAGCCGUCGAAAUGCGACUGCAGUGUACUCGUAUGCAGCACAGCCGUGUUGUGCUGCGGAAGAUCCGCGCGGUGGCUAGAGAUGCGGAACAGCGGCUGAGGGACGCGUUCCGCGCGGAGGUGACGCUGCGUCUGGAUGUGAGACCGAGUCCGCCCGGCUGGGGCGGGGACAGGCAGUGAGUGAGAGCUGGUGAGGUGAGCGAAGGUGGAUGCUAGUAGUCCGGACUGGAGAGGACUGGACAUGAACAUGGACAUGGACUGAGCGGCAAAGAUCGUGGACAGGUGAACGCGUGGCGAGUAACACUGAAUGGUGGGAUGUGUGGGCAUUGCUGAUAAAACUAAGGUUUUGUCCAGCAAAACCGUUUUGUGCAGGGGUUUGUGGCGGGAGUUUGGACUAUGUCUCUGAGUGCUUCUCCUGUGAGGAUGGUCUCAUCGUGUGCGAGCAGCGUUGUGCAGCAAAUGCGAUUUGAUAUGGAGCUGCCUGGUCAGCUGUGUGAACCUUUUAAAGGACAUCAGCGAUAGAUUAGACGUUUAAAGGAGCUACUAGUAGUCAUGCCUGUCCUGAACGGUGACCUAAAUGCUCUGAGUCUUUGAUGAAUGGAAAAGGGUCAUGUCACUAGUUGAGAACCUUCGAUUGUUUUGACUAUUUAGAAGGCUUUUAGGUUGGAUGGUUACGAAAAAAAGAUGUGCUAAAAAUGCACUUAUUUUAGGAUAUGUUGUGCCCCAUGUUUGCUGUUUUGGAGACUGGGCAAAUUACUGGGCGCUGAUAUCGGCGAUAUCUGAUGCGUUCCGGGCGCCCAAAACCUCCAAUUAUAUCACUACAACGUGGUGAUAUAAUUGCUAAUAUUAGUGGCUACAAUUAGUGUGUAUUACAAUUAUUACAAUACAAAGGCUACAUAUUAGUGUGGGCUUCUUUCGUAAAGCGGCUGCAGUUAUGGUUUGCUUUUGUUUUGGCCAAAUCGAUUGUAUGCUCUGUAGAACUUCGAUGGCGUGUAUUUGUCAAAUGCAUACACGAGUUGCAAUAUAUGCCUUUCUGUGGGAUGUAACA